UUACUGUGCUUUUCGUUUCAAAGGUUGCAGAGAGAAGCUUCGCAAAGAUGGCGCAAACUUUUGCGAUCCCAGUGGCUCCAGCUCUCUCAGUUCUCAACAAAGGAGGAAAUGCUUCUUCUUUGUCAAUUCCUAGCUCCACUUCUUCUCUCUCACUAAAGUUCCAGGGUUUGAGUAUUAAAUGUGUUCGCAUUGGAGGGGUGGAAAUCCCCAACAACAAGAGGGUGCAGUAUUCGCUUCAGUAUAUACAUGGGAUCGGUCGCACACGAGCUCUCCAGAUUCUCUGUGAUUUAGGGAUGCAGAACAAAAUCACUAAGGACCUAUCUGAAGAGGAACUGAAAAGUGUUCGUGAUGAGGUUUCAAAGUACAUGAUUGAGGGUGACCUGAGGCGUUUCAAUGCCCUUGCCAUUAGGAGAUUGAAAGAGAUUCAGUGCUACAGAGGAGUACGACAUAUUAUGGGCUUACCAUGUCGAGGGCAGCAUACCAAGAAUAACUGCAGGACAUUGAAGGGAAAGAAGGUUGCUAUUGCUGGGAAAAAGAAGACUCCUCGUUAACCUGGUUUUCAUGGUUGAGUAUGUGUAAUGCUAUGAAUGAUCGAGAUGAAUUCAUUUCUUGAAUACGCCUUCUUUUGGCAUUUUUAUGAAUCGAUGAUUUGUACCAGUAGUCUCAAUUUUAAUUUCCUUUGGCAUUCUAUGCUUUGAGCAUUCUGUAAUGCUUCUCAUUGGAGAUUUCCUUUUCCCCUUGAAUUACUUUGGAAUGCUUUUAUAAGUGUUAUCAGAAUUUGUCAUAACCUUUGUGAUAAUGGACUUGAUGACAUCCUUUUUUUUUCA